GCCCCGGGAGUCCUGCCCCGGGGCGGCCGAGCCCGGUGGGGCGGUGGGUUGGGAGUGGUCCCGUGUCUCCUUCACGAAGGAGAAGGCAGCGGAUAGCGCCCACCCCCGCGGCCGGAGCGGCUUCCUUGCUGCCCAGCCCGGGAUGCGGCUGCUUCCCCCCGCGCUCGGCGCAUCCCCGGGGCCCGCCCGGCUUGGAGGGGUCACCCCAGGUUUGCCAGUGAAGGCACCAAUGGAAAUGUGGACCAACAGCACUGAGAGAUUUUACAGAAUUCCUGAGGGAAAGGGGCCACACUCGGUUGGAUGUACAGACCUGAUGACAGAUAAUGCAGUUGAGGGAAGCUUCUUGCGCCUGUAUUACCCAGCAUGCGAUGCCACAGAUAUUGAGGAGGCACGAUGGAUUCCAGACAGAGAAUACUAUCAGGGACUCUCUGACUUCCUUAAUAUGUACCGGAUUGUAGGAGAAAGGCUUUUCCAUUACUACGUUGGUUCAGUGACCUGUCCUGCAAAGUCAAAUGCUGCCUUUAAGCCAGGAGAAAAAUAUCCACUUCUUAUUUUUUCCCAUGGACUUGGAGCUUUUCGGACAAUCUAUUCUGCUAUUUGCAUAGAGAUGGCUUCUCAGGGCUUUAUAGUGGCUGCUGUCGAGCACAGAGAUGAAUCUGCUUCAGCAACGUAUUAUUGUAAAAGAAGGACCGUUUCUGAAUCACAGGAAGAGUCUACAUCAAACAUGGAGAAGGAGUGGAUCUACUACAGGAAACUGAAAACUGGAGAGGAGGAGCGUUGCUUGCGCCAUAAGCAGGUGCAGCAAAGAGCACAGGAGUGUAUCAAAGCUCUCAAUCUCAUUCUUAAAUUCACAGGAGAGGAAGUAACAAAUGUACUACAUUCAGACUUUGACUGGAACAGCCUAAAGGAUUUCUGUUGAUACUAGCAGAAUAGCUGUUGAUGGGACACUCUUUGGUGGUGCUACAGUUAUUGAGGUCUCAGCAAAGAAAUAAGAUUCAGGUGUGGCAUUGCCCUCGAUGUGUGGAUGCUUCCUGUAGGUGAUGACAUUUACCAGAACAGUGUCCAGCAACCGGUGCUUUUUAUCAACUCUGAAAAAUUCCAGUGGGCUGAU